GGCUUCACUGAGAUUCUUCUGUGAGAACUUCAACCUUAUCUUUUGGAGACAAGUCUGUCAGAACUUAAGAGGGUAGAGGCAUCACACCCAAUUAUGAAGACCAGCAUCUUGCUGAUGCUUCUUUGGGGGCUAUCCUGUGCUCUUCCAGUGGCCAGGUAUCAAAAUACUGAAUCCAAGAGCUCUGAGGAACGGAAGGGUCAUUUGGCUCUCUCACCAGCACCACCUGUGGAGAACAGUGAGUCAUCAGAAGAAAGUAAAGUUAGCUCAGAAGAACAGGCAAAUGAAGACCCUAGGGACAGCACGGAGACAGAGGAGGACCUUACCUCUGAUGAUGGUCACUAUGUUUCUAGACCCACUGGUGGCCUCUCUAGGAGUGCAGGGAAAGAAGGCGAUGAUAAAGAAGAUGAUGAGGAUGACAGUGGAGAUGACACCUUCGGUGAUGAGGACAAUGACUUGGGGCCCAAACAGGGUCUAGAGGGUGGCAUCUCCAGACUGGGCAAUGAGGAAGAUUCUGCUGAUACCACGCAGUCCAGGGAAGAUAGUGCCUCCCGAGAGGACAGCAUCCAAUAUCCGGCCAGUGACAGCAGGGACCUUGAUGGUGAGGAUGGGGUGGACAGUGAGAGCGAUGAGCACUGGUUGGGAGGUGGCAGUGAGGGGGACAGCAGCCAUGGGGACGGCUCGGAGUUCCAUGAGGACGGAGUGCAGAAUGACCACCCAGACAGCACUAGAAGUGAGGGAGGCAGCUCCAGAAUGGACAGUGCCGGUGUCAAAUCCAAGGAGUCCCAAGGGGACAGCAAGCAGGAAGGCACUCAGGACUCAGGUGACAAACAGUCAGUGGAGUCUCCCAGCAGGAAGUUUUUCAGAAAGUCUCAUAUUUCUGAGGAAGAUGACAGAGGUGACCUGGAGGAUAGUGACACAAUAGAAGACCUCAGGAGUGAUUCCACAGAAAACACCAACUCCCAAGAAGAUGGCCCAGACCAGUCCAGGGAAGAUAGCAAGAGUGACUCUCAAGAGGACAGCAGUGAGAGCCAGUCCCAAGAGGAUGUUGAGGACCUGCCAGACCCCAGCAGUGAGUCCAGUCAGGAGGUGGACCCGUCACCCCAGGAGAGUAGUAGCGAGUCCCAGGAGGAGGUGAUGGGUGAGUCCAGGGGUGACAACCCAGAUGCUACCAGCCAGGAAGACAGCAAUUCCAGUGAGGAAGACAUCUUGAAUACCUUCUCCAGCUCAGAGAGUGAAUCCAGAGAGCAGCAAGCGGACAGUGAAUCCAAUGAGAGCCUCAGGUUCUCAGAAGAAAGUCGGGAGUCCCCUGAGGAUGACAACAGCUCCAGCCAGGAGGGCCUGCAGUCCCAGAGCACAUCCACAGAGAGCCAGAGUCAAGAGAGCCGCUCUGGGGAAGAUGGUGACAGCGAUUCUCAGGACAGCAGCAGGUCAAAAGAAGAUAGCAACUCCACAGAGAGUACAUCCAGUAGUGAGGAGGAUAUUCAUCCCAAAAACAUGGAGUCUGAGAGUAGAAAACUGACAAUGGACUCAUAUCACAACAAACCCAUGGGGGACCAAGAUGACAAUGACUGUCAGGAUGGCUACUAACAUGUGCUGUCCUAAGAAGUGGCUCUCACAGAAGGGGAUCCUGGGCUUCAAGAAUAGGGAAAUCGCCAUAACUGUAAUUUAUCGAUAUUUUAAUCAGAAAGACCAGUCAGUACUUUCUGCAAGAAUUUACUAAAC